UGUGCUGACCAGUCAGGACAAGAUGAGCCCAAUAGAAACGGGCAAGCGGCGGAGGCCCGUCCCUGAGCCGCCAUGGCGUUGGCGCCCCUAUCAGGCAGGGUGUGGCCGUGACGAGUUUACAGCCCCUAAGCAAAGGGUAAAGUUCCCCUGGGGCGGCGUGCAUUAGGACAGUCGGCACAGCGCCACGCUCGUCUGCACUCUGUACGAAGGCCCACUCGGUGACCAUGUCCACCGCCGUCGAGGUGACCGGCUUCGUGCUGUGUGUGGCCGCCUGGUUGCUCAGCGGCAUGGCGCUUGCCAACGACUACUGGAAGGUGUCUUCGUUCUCGGGCAGUGUGAUCACGUCGGCGCGGCAGUACGAGAACCUCUGGCACUCCUGCGCAGAGAGCAGCACCGGCAUCACCAAUUGCCGCGACUUCGAAUCCAUGCUCUCGCUGUCGGCCUACAUGCAGGCGUGUCGUGCGCUCAUGAUCAUCUCCAUGAUCCUCGGCCUCAUCGGAGUCAUCGCCUCCAUCAUGGGCCUGAAAUGCACCAAGAUCAGCUCAAGUGCCGAUGACACCAAGGCCAAGAUGGCCACGACCAGCGGCGCCAUCUACAUCUUGUCGGGCCUGUGUGUGCUGACGGCCGUGAGCUGGUACGCCUCCCGCGUCGUGCAGGACUUCAACAACCCGUUCUACUUCGACCUCAAGUACGAGUUCGGUGCCGGACUCUACAUGGGCUGGGGAGCCGCGGGCCUCUCCAUGGUGGGAGGAGCCUUCCUCUGCUGCUCCUUCAGAAGGACGAUGAAGGGAUCGGCGAACGGGGGAUACUAUGACAAGAGGAGCCAAGGCCAAGUGUACAGAGCAGCGGCCGCGUCCGAGGCGUCGAAGGCCUUCGUGUGAUGUGUUCGCUGGCACCAGCUUCUUCGCGCUGCUCCUUUUUCCUCUUCUCUCUUUUCCGUGUAAUUUCGGCCUCUUUCUUCUUCACUCCUGAUGAGCGUUAAUCAGAAGCCCAUUCAGUUAUUAGACAUGAAUCAGUC